AUGGCACCACCGGGGAGAGAACAGCAAUACAAGGAGCUACGCAGCGAGAUCCUCAAUGACCUAAUUCGGGAGCGCGAAAAAUAUAUGUAUUCGCAGAUCGACCCAUUUUACUCUGCAGACAAUGGAGGAGAUGACGAGUUCAGGGCGAUCCAAAUGAGUAACAACAAAUGCAUUCGGGAUGAACAGAAAAUAUAUAAAUGCCUAAAAGACAUGAAUGCGUCCACGUCGGGCUUCGUUAACUCCUACUCCAGGUGCUGCAGAUAUUUGCAAAGAUACGAAAAUUGCGUACAUAAAAUACGCGUAUGAUGGGAGGCGUUCGUCAAAGGAAAGAGUCUGUCAAAGGGAACCGUCUAGCCAUUUCGUCGUACCAAAUGCGUCGUAGCUUUUUUUUUUUUCCCAAUGUAGACGUGCACGCUAGGGUGAACCCCUUCUGUUUCGUUUUCCGUGAGGGGCCAUCCCCUCCACGUGGAUACAAACCACCUUGUGCUUCCCCCCAGUGGGUUACCCCUUCGAGUAACCGCUAAAGUAGUUCAUGCGUUUUUUUUUUUUUUUUUUUUUCAUUCACCACAUUGAAUCGUAACCCCGGUGGUCUCUCUCCACUCGUGUGUUUUCCUUCCCCAAUGACAAGUGCAUGGCUCCCCGGCACAGAUUCAUGAGAAUAUCCUCAGCGCAUUUUAACAUAUAUGCCGCAUUCAA